CUUCGGUGUCCUAGAAUAAGAAAGCGCUGAUGUCUACAUUUCUCGAACGGUGUGUCACAGAUGCAAGAGCCUCGGAUGCCGCCAUCAACUCUGGGCCACCUUCGGGGAGACAUAGCACCAAUGGGAUGAGGUCAAAACCGUGCCAGUGUCAAUGUGUAGGCUUUUGCCUGUCGCUCCUUGGGUGGCUGUGCUCUUUCACAGCAAUAAUGCUGCCUCAGUGGCUGACCAGGAAAACCGAUUUGUUACAGAGUGAGACAUUCUUCAUUGGCAUGUGGGAAACAUGCGUUGCCCAGGACGACGGUCCAGUCCAGUGCAAAGGGUACGACAGCCUACUCGGCCUGCCAGUUGACGUUCAGCUCACUCGAAUUCUCAUGUGCGUGUCUGUGGCACUCGGCCUGUUAGGUUUGCUCUUCUCCCUGUCCGGAUUGGACUCCAUCGCCUGCUUCAGUGUCCAGAAGGCUACCAAGGGGAGGUUAGCAGUCAGCGGGGGUGUGUCCUUCCUGCUUGCUGGAGUUACAACCCUAGCCCCCGUGUCUUACCUGGCCCACGUGACUGUGGUCAACUUCUGGGAUCCUGCCAUCCCUCAGUUUGUGCCGCGGUGGGAGUUUGGUCCGGCCUUGUUUGUCGGUUGGCUGGGUGGCUUCCUUCUCUUUUUUGGAAGUCUCCUGUUAGUCACAUCCCAGUGCUGCUUCCAAAAAGCUAAAGGGAACAUCCAGCUGGAACCACGGACUGUGAAGAGAGCUUUGUGGUACAAAACAGAGUAUGUCUGAUUGUAAAGGGG